AUUCGUCCGUCAGAUUCUUUCAUCUAUGGAGAUCCUCCAGAGAGAUUGCCAUUGUUGAAAGUUAAAGUGACUUACUUUAGAUCCCGAGACCUGCCAAUCGUGGUCUGCGUUUCUCACAAGAUAUUCGAUGCAUCCUCGCUAUCAACAUUCGUCAACGAGUGGGCCGGUAUUGUUAGAGAGAGUGACCAUUCAACGAGCCCUCCUGAAUUCGCCGACGACCUCUUCUUUCGAUUCUCGAAUCCAAGAAACGAGUAUUCUGAUCCCAAAACAAUGUGUCUUGUCUCGAAGAGAUUCGUAAAGAUUGCAGAGCUAAAACAGAGAUUUGCAAGCAAAAACAAAAUCGUGCAUAACCCGACUCGAGUCGAAGCCAUCACAUCAUUUAUCUGGAAAUGUGCAACAAAGGCGAGCCCAUCCGCUAUGACCCUAGCUGUGGAUUUACGACGAAGGUCUCAGUUAAUGUGGAACAUGAUAGGGAACCUUCUGGCAGUGGUUACAGUGGCGGAAGGACCCGAAAGCGAGAUGGAAAUAUGCGAGCUUGUAGCCAAGAUAAGGAGAAAGAAAGAGGAAGUGAGAGAGAAGAUUAAGGAAAAUCUUCAAGGGGGUGGACAAGGGAAGGGAGAAGAUGAAGGAUCUGGCUGUGAAAAUGCUGUCGGAAACAAUGGCGGAAGCGGGAACAUACGUUACAAUUAGCAGUUGGUGUGGUCUACCGUUUUACGAGGUGGAGUUCGGAUGGGGACGACCGGUCUGGGUCGUUCCGGGAUAUUGGAGGAUAAAUCACGUGAGGAUGGUAAAGGUACAGGAGACAAAGAAUCAGGGGAACAAAAGGAGAGUACAGACACAACUGACAAAUGGCGGCUGAGGAAGUAACGAGGAAACUACCUUCGACAAUGAUAUUCUCUACUUUUCUUUACAUACAUACAUGUUAUAUGUAUAGAAUAGAUUAUAUAUAUAGGGGACUUGUGUACAUGGACAUUUUUUAUUAUUAAAUAGACAAGAGAGAGAACUUCUUCUUCCUUUUUCCACUCUGCGCCUCUGCAAUCGUCAAGGUUGUUACGGGAUGUCCGUUACUGGCGAAGCUUUCGAAUCGGGUCUACCUCAUUGACGGUAAAGACGGAGAAGGGAUCGAAGCGUGGGUGACAAUGUCCGAACAGGACAUGCUUGUGUUCGAGCACCACCCUGACUUAGUUGAUGUUGUUGCUACCCCCGAUCCUAGUGUUUUGACUGUGGAAUUGUAAAAGAGUAGUUAUUAUCAUUAUUAGUAAUAAAAAAACUUAAAUAUAUAACUUAAAUGUUGAAAUAUAAUGCGAUA